AUGAUUUCGAAGGUUUUAUUCUUAACGGCUGUCGGGCUAAGCAGCCUACACUCCGCAAAAUCGCAAUCUACUCCUUCCAUAUGCGAUAACUCUACUCUCCUCAUCGACUCUCGCCGAGUCCUCACAACGGCGCAAGAAUGUACUACAGUCGCCGGCGACAUCGUAAUCCAGUAUGCCAGCGACUACCCGGCCACAAUGGAAUUCCCAAAUCUUGAAUCAGUUGAUGGGAGCUUCCUCUCCAUCAAUUUUGAUGAAGAUAUCCGGGUCACCCGGCUAUCCGCUCCAAAACUUACUACAGUCAGGGCCGAUGUUUACAUUUCACGAUGGGUUAACCUUACCACGAUCAACAUGCCCGUUCUUACGACUAUCAACAGAGUGCGGUUGAACAAUCUUCCCUCGCUGACAUCUGCGAACUUUUUGUCGACGUUGGAAACCAUUGAGAAUAAUUACGAGGUUACGAAUACCUCGCUCAAAGAGAUUAAGAACGAUAAACUUCCUUUUGCGGUGUUUGUGGAGAUUUUUGAUAACAAGGAACUGGAGAAAUUAGAACUCACAGCGUUGACGAAUGCUUCGUAUAACGUUGCCUUGAGGAGAAAUAAACCGGGUGUUGAAGUUUCCCUUCCUGCGUUAAAGGAAGUCUUCUUCUUCGAAUUCCAGAGGAUAUCUAGCUUGGAGAUCCCAGAGUUGGAAAGAGCCAUCGGUCAUUUUGUUGUCAAUGACAGUACGGUGGAAACUUUGGAGGCACCAAAGUUACGGGAUGUGGGGAUCUGGUACGAUCCUUCUAGCAGCAUCACAAACAACAGAGGGCUCCUCAUUCAAAACUCUGGAAACCUGAAGAGUCUAUCGUUCCCAGCUUUGGAGGCUGUACAGUUGGACUUGGUGAUUAGGAAUAACUCUGAACUUGAGGAUAUUUCAUUCCCAAUGCUAAAGAGAGUUACUGGCAACGUUGGGUUGGAGGGUACUUUUGAGAGUGUAAGAUUUCCAGAGUUGGAUAGAGUUGGUGGUGUCUUUUCUCUGGGAAAUGAUGAAGCCGGGUUCAACUGUGCAGAUCUCCAAGGGUUCAAGAACAAUGGAACUAUCAGAGGAGCCUUCUCAUGUCCUCAAUAUCAGGAGCUGCCAACAAGAAGUGGCACUAAGGCAGAUUCGAAGAAGGAGAUUGAGGAUUGGCUGAACUGGUCUAGUUCUGGUACUGGUUUCGAAUCUUUCAGGUCCACGAACGCAUUUGUUUUUGCAAUCUUUGCAUCGACGGCCAUAUGGUUUGUCUAG